AUGACGCCUCAUGGUGAAUCAAGCGAUGCCUCCAUUGGCGAUCAAGUGGCGCACAAGCUCAAGGCCACCGCUGAUGCCGUACUUUCCGCCAUUCAGCACGAAGAUCAAUCUGAAGCGCACCGCAUCUUCCGUUCGCACCCUGGUCACAACGGUCGUCGGGCUUCUAACAUCUCGUCUGCCGAUAAGCACGCCUUCCAAUCCUCUUUGCAUCGGACUCAAGAGGAAAUUGGUGAACGCUUCCCCGCCAUCGAACAUCCCGGUUCUACCGGUGUCAUUUACGUCACCGACCGUGCUACCAGCAACGGCUUCUACUAUGGUAAUCCGGAAUGGGCCAACAUGGGCCAAGGAGCGCCCGAAGUGGGUAACAUCGAGGGAGGGGUGCCUCGAAUGCUUCAAUUCGAUCUGAGCGAGUUUGGCGAGGGUGUACACGAGUAUGCACCCAACACGGGCACCAUGGCGUUGCGAAAGGCAGUGGCCAACUACUACAACCAGACGUUCCGACAGAACCACACCAAAAAAUUCGACUAUAGCAACGUGUGCAUCGUCCCCGGUGGACGCGCAGGUAUGACUCGGUUGGCGGCGGUGAUCGGAAACGUCAACUGCGGCUAUCAAUUGCCUGAGUAUACGAGCUACGAAAGCAUGUUGAGUGCGUUCAAGAGUCUCGUGCCCAUUCCAACGGUGCUUUCCGAGGAAGAUCGAUACAAGCUCAGCACCGACGAUUUGCGAAAGGAGAUCAAGGGUCGUGGCUUGAGCGCUAUGAUCAUGUCGAACCCGCGCAACCCGACCGGUAUGCUGAUCGAAGGUCAAGAGCUCAAGAGACUUGUAGAGACGUCCAAAGAGCUAGGUUGUACGAUCCUGCUUGACGAGUUUUACUCAUGGUACAUGCACGAAGGACCUCUGGGCCGUGCGAAUUCUGCCGCCGAACACAUCGACGAUAUCAACGAGACGCCCGUGGUUCUGAUCGACGGCCUGACCAAAGGCUUCCGUCUACCUGGAUGGAGGGUCUGCUGGGUGGUUGGUCCAAAAGACAUUAUCACGGCGCUCAACCAGUCUGGCUCGUUCUUGGACGGAGGUACAUCCCACCCUAUGCAGUGUAUGGCGUUGCAGAUGCUCGACAUCGACCGUUGCAACCAGGACAGGAUCGCGCUCCAGAAGCUCUUUAGGCACAAGCGUCAGCACGUGCUGGCGAGACUCAAGAAGAUGGGUCUCGAGGUCAAGGUGGAACCUCAGGCAACCUUCUACAUCUGGCUCAGCCUUGCUAAUCUCCCCUCGCCGCUCGACAGCGGACUGGUCAUGUUCGAAGAGCUCCUGCGCGAGAAAACCAUCGUCGUACCAGGCAUCGCCUUCGACAUCAACCCAGCUCACCGUCGGAACAUCGUCCAGUCUCCCUGCGAAAAGUUCAUCCGCAUCUCCUACGGUCCCGAGCUCGCUCAGAUCAAUCGUGGAUUGGACGCACUCGAACGCGUUAUCGCCAAAGCCGAUCCUAAUCACGCCGAAAACGCCAAGUUGGGCAAAGGCUUCGCUCCCACAAAAAGCACCCAUGCUGACGAUCAAAAAUGA